CACAGGUGGUGAUGUCAUUCGUCCGCGACAUCACACUCGUAGCAUGUUAUGCUAACCGACAGUGCAAAGCGAGUAGAGGAGUUAUUUUCGUUAAAGAGUUUUUGGUUGGGAAGGAGGAAAAAUGUCUUUAUAUGAUGAUUUGGGGGUCGCAACAAGCGACACUAAAACAGAAGGGUGGUCUAAAAACUUCAAACUGCUUCAGUCUCAGUUGAAAGUGAAGAAAGCUGCAUUGACACAAGCAAAGACUCAGAGGACGAGACAGUCCAAUGUUCUAGCUCCGGUUAUUGAUCUGAAGAGAGGAAGUGCUGUAGAUGACAGGCAGAUCUCUGAUACACCUCCACACAUUGCUGCUGGAAUGAAGGACUCGACAUCGGUUGGGUUUUCAUCCGGAGAUGUGCUGAUUCCAUUGGCUGAUGAGUAUGACCCCAUGUUUCCCAACGACUAUGAGAAAGUGGUGAAGAGACACCGCGAAGAACGACAAAGACAGAGAGAACAGGAGCGUCAGAAAGAGAUUGAGGAGAGAGAGAAGAAGCGUAAAGAGAGGCACGAAGGAGGUGGAGCGCCAAGUGGAUUUUCACGUUUCCCAACAGAACAAGGCGAAUCAGAUGAGGAGGAGGAGUAUGACAGAGAAAAGAGGAAGAGGAGUAUAGGUGGAGCUGCCAUCGCCCCUCCGACAUCACUAGUGGAUCGAGACUCAACAUAUUUAUAUGAUGAAGAUGGUCAGCAGAGGUCGAAAGCAGCAAUCCCACCUCCCAUUUUUGAUGACUCUGAUAGACCACGAUCUCCCCCAGGACCAACUAAUUCAUUCCUGGCCAACAUGGGUGGUACUGUGGCUCAUAAAAUCAUGCAGAAGUAUGGAUUCCGAGAUGGGCAGGGCCUGGGAAAACACGAGCAGGGGUUGAGCACGGCGCUCUCAGUGGAGAAAACCAGCAAGCGUGGGGGCAAGAUUAUUAUUGGAGACUCAACGGAAAAGACAUCAGGAUCCAGUCAGAAUGUGGCUGAUCCACAAGGCUCUAAUUCAGCGGAUGCCUCAAAGAAAAAUGAGACCAACCCUCUUACAGAGAUUCUCAAAUGUCCUACAAAAGUGGUGUUGCUGCGGAACAUGGUUGGAAGGGGAGAAGUGGACGAAGACCUGGAAGCUGAGACUAAAGAAGAGUGUGAGAAAUAUGGCAAAGUCAUCAAGUGUGUCAUCUUUGAGAUCGCCGGUGUUUCUGACGAGGAUGCCGUCCGCAUUUUCCUGGAGUUCGAACGAGUCGAAUCGGCCAUUAAAGCUGUGGUGGAUCUGAAUGGGCGGUACUUUGGAGGUCGCGUGGUGAAGGCCUGUUUUUAUAACUUGGAUAGGUUCCGUGUUUUAGACCUGGGAGAUCAGGCGUGAGUGGGAGAUCCAGAACUGCACAACCAGGAAAGAAUAAACACCAGGAAGUCAUUUGUCUUUCUGUAAAUAGCACGAGUAAUUUUAUACACCCUUGUAAAACAUUAGCUUGCGUGCCCCUUUCCACAAUACGUUUUGUAAUGAAGAUUUCAUUUGAUCUUUUGCGAAUUGCUUCUAGUCUCUCUCUCACGUCAAAGUUAAAAAUAUCCUUUUGUCCUUGUGAUUAAGAUGUGAUGAAGAACCCAGCAAUAAAAAUGCGUUUGGGAGAGUAACUUUUAGGGUUGUUCUGUUUUAAAGGUAAAACGUGUUAACACUUUUUGAUAUCUCAGUUUAACGUGCAGAGAGUUAAGUAAGCCAUUUUUGGUUUUACUUUCUGAUAAUUGAGCACUGUGGUGCUUUCAAAACAUGGCUUAACCAAUGGCGUGAGGGACUAUUUGUUUAGCUCAACUAGAAAAAUUAGAAAAGGGUUGUUAGUAUUGAAAACUCAUUUUCUCCAGUAGUUACUACAUGGUUCUAAGAAACCAUUACAAGCUCAUGUUGAAUGGGGUGAUGAUGAUGGUAAUGAAUGAGUCCUGGUUCAUGGUUUAUAUAAUCAGACAUACAAGUCCCUGUGCGACUCUAGAAAGUAGGAAACCUACAUUCUUCUGUUGUGACAUAACAGCGACUCCCAUGAGCCCUCACUCUCUGAUCCACACACUAUUGAUAGACUUAAAGAAUGAUACUUUUUCGUAAUGUGUGUCUUGACCUGAGCAGAAAUUGGGUUUGGCGUGUUACUCAAUAAAAGGUGAUUUCAUAACAUGUAUUUUUUUUUUACAUAUCUGUAGGAUAUCUUAUUUGCAUAUGAAUGCAUCACCUAAAUAAUAGUUUGUGUGUUUUACCAGAUGUAUGUUAGGUGUAUGAUGGUUUAUGCGAAAUGUGUUAGACUGGGUCAGUGAUGGUGCGAUGUUCUGGUUUGGUGAGAAAGACGCACUUACGCAAGACGAAGGUGCUGGGGAAUAAAGAAAGAAUAGACUGAACUCCAUGAGGAUUCAUUUAAACAGAACAGAUCCUCAUCAAAUGACUUUAUAUGAACAGAGCAUCUGAAAUCUGGCAGAAAGCGGUUGAGCUGUUCAGGUCAAAAGUUCAGCGCUGGGUAUUGUGCUGGUACACUGUGUAAAAGUGUUUUUUUUUUGUGCUAUGGACAUAAAGGAUACCAUUAAUCGUGCAGCUUUUUGAAGCAAGAUAUACUAUUUAUACUGGCACAUAAUAAAA